CCGGUUUGCCAAACGAAUAAAUCCAAAUCUAAAAGUGUCACUUACACGAGUGCGAGAAUCUAUUACAAGGACAUCCGUUACUUCUUGUGGAAACCAACUCAUUCACCUAACAGGAAUUUGUAUUAGAAAUUACAAAAAAAUAACCAUGCGCAAAUAGUAUACUCCGGAAAACACUAUGUCAACCUAUUCCCGCAAUUAAUUAACUGCAUCUUUCAAGAGCAUUCGGUGGCCUCUCUGGUGACUGACUCGGCAUAAAAGAUAUUCCCAUAACCUGUUCAAGACAAAAGCUCUACGCCGCGCACCCCAUCAACGUCCGGUGAUGGCGUGGCGGCAAUGGACAAAUUUAAAAUAUACGCACCAGACUAGCAACUUUUCUUCGCCCACGUGCUUACUCAAGCACGAUCUCCUUGCGUACAACGCGUAUACAAAGAACUAGACCAAAAGCCAAACAGUGUGACACCACCAGUCAGUAGUGGUCUAUAAAAUGUUAUUCCAUUCAUUCACUGCAUCUCCGGUCGGCAAAGAAUUUGCGGUUGCUUACAGUAGUGAAGCGGAGAGUUUCCUCUCCCAAUCGCAUAAUAGGCACUUCACGCCACGCUGUGUGGAAAGUUAUUGUAUAAAAAAAAGCUUCUGAACAUCAUCAGAUUCAGUCAGACAUAAGACGUUACUUGAAGAGGGUCAACUAAAUAAAAGUGUGCUUUGUGCUGAUUGGAAUCUAACUGUGUGACGAACCUUAAGCCUAAACAAUGCGUGCUUGCAUACUUAUUGUCGUAUUGGCAUCGAUCAUAUCGUUGGCUUCCGCAUUGGGAUAUGGCUUAUUAGGCGGCUUGGGAAGUGGAUAUGGUGGCUACGGUGGAGGAUACGGAGCAGGUUAUGGCCCAGGAUAUGGCUAUAAUCCUGGAUAUGGCGGCUAUGGAGGAUAUGGAGGAUAUGGCGGGCAUGGGGGCUAUGGAGGAUACGGCGGAUAUGGAGGUUAUGGCGGUUAUGGUGGAUAUGGAGGUUAUAGUCCAUAUGGAGGAUAUGGCUAUGGUUAUCCCAAUAAAUAUGGCGGUGGAUUUUACAGUGCAUAUGGAGCCUAUGGAUACAGACCAUAUUAUUAAGCUUACACCGAUCAAACCUCAAUAGGUAAACAAUGUGAUAUAUGUUUGUUAUUAAUAAAACUU